AUUCCUCCUCUCCAGGGCAGCGGGACAGGCGCGGCGCGCAUAGGCAGCGGGGCUUCAGGCCCUCGCGCUUCUACAUAGAGUUCGGCUGCUCCGGUGCGGCUGUGCCCGGCUGUGCCGCUCUGCCCUCGCGGACCCGGCCGGUGGACGCGCGUUGGACGCCCCUGUGCACAGCCUCGUCGGCAAGUGCGUCAUGUAACUGAACACGCGCACGCUCGCCACCGUCGUCAGUCACCAUGGCAGUCCGUGGGCUGCGAGGGAUGCUGCGGUCCGGAGUGCGGCCCCGCUCCUCCACCACGGCGACGGCACCCCUGUGUCCCCGGGAGGCCGAGGUCCACGACGCGGACCCGGUCGCCGUCGACGGGCUCCCCUACGAGCAGAUGCCCGGCCCCAGGCCGCUGCCCCUCAUCGGCAACACGUGGAGGCUGCUCCCCGUCGUGGGUCAGUACCAGGUGUCGGACCUGGCGCGGGUGUCGGCGCUGCUGCACGAGCAGUACGGCGACUGCGUCAAGCUGUCCAACCUGGUGGGCCGGCCCGACCUGGUGUUCGUCUUCGACGCGGACGAGACCGAGAGGGUGUACCGCCACGAGGGGCCCACGCCCUUCCGGCCGGCCAUGCCGUGCCUCGUCAGCUACAAGUCGGACGUGCGGAAGGACUUCUUCGGCUACCUGGCUGGAGUCGUAGGAGUGCACGGCGAGGCGUGGCGGGAGUUUCGGUCGCGCGUCCAGCGGCCGUGCCUGCAGCCCAAGACGGUGCGCUCCUACAUCGGCCCCAUCGAGGACGUCACCGACUGCUUCCUGCAGAGGAUGCAAGACAUGCGGGACGACAGGGGUGAGAUGCCGGCCGACUUCGACAACGAGAUCCACAAGUGGUCUCUGGAGUGUAUCGGCCGUGUCGCGCUGGACACGCGGCUCGGCUGCCUGGACCCGAACCUCCCGCCCGACUCGGAGCCGCAGAAGAUCAUCGACGCCGCCAAGUUCGCCCUGAGGAACGUGGCCGUGCUGGAGCUCAAGUUCCCCUUCUGGCGGUACAUCCCCACCCCGCUGUGGACCCACUACGUCAACAACAUGAACUUCUUCGUCGAGGUCUGCACGAAGCACAUCGACCGCGCCAUGGAGCGGCUGGCCACCAAGGAGGACGGCGAGCUCUCCGUCGUGGAGCGCAUCCUGGCGGAGCAGACGGACCGCAAGCUGGCGUACGUGCUCGCCCUGGACCUGAUCCUCGUGGGCAUCGACACGAUCUCGAUGGCCGUGUGCUCCAUCCUGUACCAGCUGGCCACGCGGCCCGAGGUGCAGGACAAGAUGUUCGCCGAGCUGGAGCGCGUGCUGCCCGACCCGGACACCCCGCUCACGGCCCGCCACCUCGACCAGCUCGCCUACACCAAGGGCUUCGUCAAGGAGGUGCUCCGGAUGUACUCGACCGUCAUCGGGAACGGUCGCACCCUCACGCAGGACAUGACUAUUUGCGGGUACCGCAUCCCGAAAGGGGUGCAGCUCGUGUUCCCGACCGUGGUCACGGGCAACAUGCCCCGCUACGCCGGCCGCGCCGACGAGUUCCUGCCGGAGCGCUGGAUCAAGGGCCACGACGCCUCCCUCGACGUGCACCCCUUCGCGUCGCUGCCGUACGGCUACGGCGCCAGGAUGUGCCUGGGCCGGAGGUUCGCCGACCUGGAGAUGCAUGUCCUCCUCGCCAAGCUCGUGCGCAAGUUCCGGCUCGAGUACCACCACCGGCCGCUGGACUACCAGGUCACGUUCAUGUACGCCCCGGAGGGCGAGCUCCGCUUCAAGCUCGUCGAGCGAUGAGCAGCGCGACAUCGCCCUGGGAGCAAUCGACAUCAACCGACGAGAAGUGUCGAUUUCGGGACGAUUUGACGCACAAAAUCGACAAUUUUCUGAUAUCGACUCCAGUCCGAUGUCGUAUUGACGUCACCACUUCUCGGUGGAACCAUUUUGUACAGUCUCCUACAUAAAUAAAUAUCAUUUCAUAAAAUAAUGGUAACUGAG